AUGCCAUUAUUAUCUAAUUAUUCCAUUUUAUCUGCGCGGAUAGGCGUCAGACAUUUCGAAACUCGAAAAAAAAUUUCAAACUACUACUAUUCAGGUUCCAUUCGACUCCAAAAAAAGUCAAUUUACUCGCGACCAACCCCAGCCGUGAAAAAUUCCCGAAACUUCGUAGUUAACAGAAAAGCCUUAUCGCUUUUAAACUCACUAGCACGAGGAGACCAUGAACGCGCCUGGGAAGAAUACAACAAUUUAUCAAAGAAAAUGCAGUUAUACAUCUUAUUUCCCGAGCAUCACUCGCUCGUACUGAAAAGUAUUGAAGCGCCGCUCGAAAGAACUCCCCAGUUAGGUCAACAAAAAGAUUAUUGCCGAGAAAAACUGUUUGUUGCUUAUAGGAGGAUGUUGAAUUGCAAAGUUAAGCUAAACAGUUUGGACUUGACGCACAUGUUAAAAGUGUUGAGCGCCAUGGGAGAUUACCGACUUUGUGAUCAUGUUUGGGAGCAUAUUAUCCAGUAUAAAAUCAAACCGACCACGUUUGCGUAUAAUUGUUAUAUGAAAAGUCAUGUUACGCAUUACUACAAACGGCUAUUUGAUGAAGAAAAUCCGAAUCCGUUUAGAUCAUUUUAUCCGAAUAAUCAUCCACCACGCGUAACACCUGAAGAGAUCAAGCAGCAUGUGCUUAAAAGUUUCAGACAUUUACUCGAUUCCGGUGUGCAUCCAAAUCGAGUCACCUAUUCGAUCUUGAUGAAAAUGUUCGCGGUUACGGGGGACGUUGAAAAUGUGAGAUAUAUCUUUGACAAAGCAUUUACCGAGCAAUUAUCAAUUGAUAGCAUCGACCGAGAUGACGAGGAAUUAAAAAACAUUGACGCAAAAGAAGUGUUAUCACCGGACUUUUCACCUUUGUUAAAACGUAAACUAUUAAUUAAAUCAAAUAAACAAAUACCAUUGAUACCGACCAAUAAUAUUAUGGAUUCGUUAAUUCACGCUUAUGGAAGAGCAGGAGAUUUAACAAGAAUGAAUUCAGUUUUAGUGGAAUUAAUGCCACGGUAUGGCAUUUUUCCGAGGGAUGAGACAUACAAACAACUCAUAAAAUGGGCACAUGAAUGGAAUGACUUAGAUGCCACGUAUAAAUAUUAUAAGAUGCUGAAAAAAGAAAAGCACAUCGAGUUCGCACCACAUCGAGAUAUCAUUAAAUCGUUAAUAGAUCAUGCAUUCGAGAAAGGGAAUGAGACGGACGCACUGAACAUCUUUAAAGAUUGCCCCGCGCGCGAAACAUUAAAUUCUCUGAUUAAAGGCUACGCAAAACUCGGCAACCUGAAGCGACUGAACGAGUGUUUAUACGAGCUAAUGCCACGGAACAAAAUCUUCCCAUCGGUGGAGACCUUCAAUAUGCUGAUCUACGGGUACGGUAAACUUGGUCACCUGGCGCAGAUGCACGAAAUAUUCGACAAGCAUAUGCCGCAGUAUAGUGCUAAGUCGAGUUUGGAUACUUUUCAUUUACUGAUAGCUGGUUCGCAAUUAUGGGGUGAUGUGAAAAACAUGAGAAGAUAUUAUGAUAUUGUCAAUAAGACAGAGUAUCAAUAUAUCCCGAACGUUACAACUAUUCAGGCUUUAAUAGACUAUGAAUGUGCGGUGCAUUCUCCGGAAGCGGCUAUGAGGUUGUUAAAAGAUAUGCGUGAUAGGCAUACAAUAGGUCCAAUUGGUGAAUUUUUGUCACAAAUAUAUUUAAAAUUGACGCAAAAUAAAUAUUCGAAGGAUGCUGAUAAGUUUAUUCGGGAGUUUGGUGAAUACUUUGAUACGACAAAAGUUUGA